GGAAGAGGAAAGAAAAAAAGAAGAAGGGAACCCCCUCCCCAAGGUAGGAAGCGAGGGAAGCCGUAAAGCAAGAACAGCUGUAGAAGGAGCAGGGAAGUCGAGACUCGUUCUGUUAGUUUAUAAAUUUAGGCGCGGAGCUGAACCGAAAGAACUUGGGGAAACCUGCAGAAGCCAGGAGCUGCUGGCGCAGAAAAAAGAAAAGAACAGAGAAACGGGCGCGAGCGGGUCGCUCUUGUUUUUCGGGCGAAGCAGACGCAGCGGAAGAUGCCGCCGAAGAAGCAGAGCGCGGGCGGGUUUCGCAA